GGCGGGCCCAAGUCGAGAGCGUUGGGAAGCGAAAUUGUCAACCUGGAUCGUUUCUAUCAGUCGAUUACAACAUCAUCUACAGAUAACGCGAGUCAGUGGAGACGGGCAGCAGCUCAGCGUUUGGAUUAAACCUAGUGAAGCAGAAACUGCCGGUGGAUUAGCUGUUCUCAGGAAUCAUGAACUCUCUCUCGGGUAAGAGUGUGCUGGCGCUGUGCAGGGUUUUCUCCAGUCCCCUGUCUCUCCCUCCUGCUAUCCUAGGGGCAGUGAGGGUCUGUCACUCAGGCGUGAACUCCAAGGGCACGGUGUUCACCAAAAAACGAGGCUAUGAUAUCACCAGGAACCCCGACUUGAACAAAGGCAUGGCGUUCACCAUGGAGGAGAGGUUACAGCUGGGUAUCCAUGGCCUGCUGCCUCCCUGUUUCCUCUCUCAGGAUGUCCAAGUGCUUCGUGUUAUGAAGAGCUACGAGACACGCAGUAACCCUCUCGACAAAUACAUAUUGCUGAUGACACUGCAGGACAGAAAUGAGAAGCUUUUCUAUCGUGUGUUAACCUCUGACAUUGAAGAAUUCAUGCCUAUAGUCUACACUCCUACUGUGGGCCUGGCCUGCCAACAGUAUGGCCUUGCUUUCAGAAGACCAAGAGGGUUAUUUAUCACUAUCCAUGACAAGGGGCAUAUUGCCACCAUGCUGAACUCAUGGCCGGAGGAGGACAUUAAGGCCAUAGUGGUAACGGAUGGAGAACGAAUCCUGGGAUUAGGAGACCUGGGCAGCUAUGGAAUGGGGAUCCCAGUGGGCAAACUAGCUCUGUAUACAGCAUGUGGAGGAGUGCCACCUCAGCAGUGCCUGCCUGUGCUGCUGGAUGUGGGCACUGAUAAUCAGAUUGUGGACCAUGCCUACAAACAGGGCAUUGCCUCCUGGUACCCUGAACCCAAAGAUAAAGAGGCCUUUGUUUUAUCCCAAGUCUAUAGCUCUGACUACGACUCCUUCACUCUGGAUCCAUACAGCUGGCCCAAGGAUGCCAUGAAAGUUCAGAACGUACUGGCUGUUGUUGGACAUGAUGCUGGCGUCAUGAAGAAUAACAACAAGGCAGUCGGCAGCAGCAGCAGCAGCAGCACGUCGGGACUGGAGCAGCAGCAGCAGCAGCACGUCGGGACUGGAGCAGCAGCAGCACAGAAGGUGAGGGAAUGA